AAUAAAUAAGCAAACAAAACAAAAUAAUCUUUAAACUGUUUAUUUUAAAAGACUUAUAAUUUAAUAAAAAUAUUUUAAUUAUCUCAUAGAUACUGCAAAAUGAAAACAGAAGAUUUAAUCAAUCAUUUAGCCCUAAUAGACGGUGGAUUCAAAGGACCUUCCGACCCUUUCUUUGAAAGCAAAGUUUAUUUUCCAAAAUAUAUGAAAAAAGGAGUCUUAACAGUCGAAGAUGAGGACAACUAUGACACAAAAAACCAACAGGAAAUUUAUUGCAAUGUAGCCGGUUGUGGAAAUUCUUUUCAAUCUGUCGCUGCCUAUCAGAGUCACUACAACAGCCUACACAGGUACAUUUGCAGUCAAUGUAAGAAAAACCUUCCAACACCCCAUUUAUUGGAUUUGCAUCUUUCCGAAAACCAUGAUUCAUAUUUUUCUGUCCUAUCGAAAUCCAAAGCAAUGUAUCAAUGUUUCAUUGAAGAGUGCGUGCAUAAGAGCUUCACAGCUGAAGAAAGAAAAGAUCAUUGCAUCAGUGCGCAUAAGUUUCCUCAGAAUUUCCGAUUUGAGAAUCUUUGUAUGAUUGGUGGUAGUCAUAUGACGGCUAAAAAAAAUAUUACCAUUGUCGAUGAGCCGAUGAAUGGGAUAAAGAGUCAGUCCUCUAAAAACCCAAAGAACUUUUCAUUUGGUCAUCCAAGUGGGAAAACUUUCAAUAAGAAAAGUUAUAGCAAGCUUUUGAGUAAAAAGGAAAGUGAAUAUCGGAAUACUUUAGAAGAUUCCAAUACUGUCAACGAUCUGUUAAACAGUUUACCCGAAUAAAACACUAUUAAGCUGUUAUAUUAUUUUUGUAUCUUCUCCUAUAUUUAUUAAAUAAAUAUAAAUUUUAUGAAUUAUAAACCUA